GGCGGCCCCGGGCUCUGUUGUUUGGUGCUUGGUUCUCCGGAGGGGCGUUCUCUGGAGGGCUGCCGGUGCAGGCCGCGGUGACAGGGCCGCUCCCGGAGCAGCGUGUGCCCGCGCCCUCCGCGUCCCGCAGGCCCAACAUGGCGCAGGAGGUGUCGGAGUUCCUAAGCCAGAACCCGCGGCUGGCCGCCUGGGUGGAGGCGCUGCGCUGCGAGGGCGAGACGGACAAACACUGGCGCCACCGCCGCGAGUUUCUGCUCCGCAAUGCCGGGGACCUGGCUCCAGCCGCCGGCGCCUCCUCCGCUGCGGACGCGCAGAGCGGGACGCGCGACCGGCAGCUGCAGCAGCUCGUCUCCUUCUCCAUGGCUUGGGCGAACCACGUCUUCCUAGGGUGCCGGUACCCUCAAAAAGUUAUGGAUAAAAUUCUUAGUAUGGCUGAAGGCAUCAAAGUGACAGAUGCUCCAAUCCAUACAACAAGAGACGAACUGGUUGCCAAGGUGAAGAAAAGAGGGAUAUCGAGUAGCAAUGAAGGGGUAGAAGAACCAUCCAAAAAACGAGUCCUAGAAGGAAAAAACAGUUCUUCAGUUGAGCGAGAUCAUGGAAAAAUGUCUACCAAAACAGGUCGUACAUCUGCUCGGCAGGAAAACAGUUCACCGUCUGCAGGGUCCUCCACCAAAUCAGAGAGUAGUGGGAACUCAGCUCGGAGCUCUGGAAUUUCCAAUCAGAAUAGCGCUACAAGUGAUGGAGAUCAGUCUGUUUCCAACCAAAGUGGUAGCAGUAUUUCCUCCUCUCAGGUAACAGCAGCAGGAUCUGGAAAAGCUUCUGACACAGAAGCUGCAGAUAAACAUGGCUCGGCAUUAUUUGUCUCAUCGUUGUUGAAAUCUAGUGUGAACAGCCAUGUGACCCAGUCCACUGAUUGCCGACAGCAAAGUGGAUCACCUAAAAUGAGUGCUUUAGAAGGUUCUUCACUCUCACCUUCGCAGAGCAGCUCAGAGAUUGAAGUGCCCCUGCUGGGUUCUUCUGGAAGCUCAGAAGUAGAGUUACCAUUAUUGUCUUCUAAAUCUAGUUCAGAGACAGCGUCAAGUGGGUUAACUUCCAAAAGUAGUUCAGAGGCUAAUAUUUCCUCAUCAGUUUCUAAAAACAGUUCCUCAUCAGGCACACCUUUACUAACUCCCAAGAGCAGUUCAACAAGUACAUCCCUGCUAACUUCCAAAAGCACUUCCCAGGUAGCUGCAUCGCUGUUAGCUUGCAGAAGCAGCUCCCAGACCAGUGGAUCUCUAGGUUCCAAAAGCACUUCUUUAGCAAGUAUGUCUCAGCUAGCUUCUAAGAGUAGUUCUCAGAGUAGCACUUCACAGUUGCCUUCUAAAAGUACUUCACAGCCAAGUGAGAGUUCUGUCAAAUUCUCUUGGUUCAAGUUAACUAACGAAGAUGUGAAGCAGAAGCAACCUUUCUUCAAUAGACUGUACAAAACAGUGGCAUGGAAAUUAGUAGCUGUUGGUGGCUUUAGUCCCAGUGUGAAUCAUGGAGAGCUCCUAAACGCAGCUAUUGAAGCUCUGAAAGCAACCCUGGAUGUGUUUUUUGUCCCCCUAAAAGAACUGGCAGACCUGCCUCAAAAUAAGAGCUCUCAAGAAAGUAUUGUUUGUGAAUUGAGAUGUAAGUCUGUGUAUUUAGGCACUGGAUGUGGAAAAAGCAAAGAGAAUGCAAAAGCAGUUGCAUCAAGAGAAGCAUUAAAGUUAUUUCUCAAGAAGAAGGUUGUGGUUAAAAUAUGUAAAAGGAAAUACAGAGGCAGUGAGAUAGAAGAUCUAGUACUCCUUGAUGAAGAAUCAAGACCUGUAAACUUACCUCCAGCUUUAAAACAUCCUCAAGAACUGCUAUAACUUGUCCAAACUACUACUGCAUUACAGUAUCUGGCAUUUGAAGAGAAAAACUGGCUCACUUUUAUAUAAUAUAAAAUGCUGGCUUUCACAAAUUUUGUAUUGCUUUUUUCCAGUUUUGCAGAAAAUUUACAUUCUAGUUCUCUUCACUAAAGAGUUGUAAAUAAUUUAUGAAUGACAGUACACAUGAAAAGGUAUGCAUUAACAGCAUGCCAGUAUGCCGUUCUGUUUGCUGAAGAAAAUACUGUCUUCUAUUUUUAAUGAUACAUUAGGUACGAAGUGUAGUUCUGUAGAGUCCUAAAAUUUUUGUACUAUCAAUUUGGUGAAAAUGUAUUAAGUUGUCUACCAUGCUUUUUUUUUUCCUAGCUUGAGAAAAAUCACAUCAAAGAAAGGGGGACCACAGUAUUUCAAAGUCUGUGAAACUUAAGGUUUUAAGAAUGUUGCUCAUAAUAUUGAAUAUAUCUGUUGAAGAAUAAGAAAAAAUAGUUGCCUCGGGCUAUUUUUAUGAGAAGUUGUAAGCAUUUUUUUUUUUUUUUUUUUUAGAUACAAAGCAGUAUAAAGUACUUACUGUUAUUUUAUCCUGAAAUUGUUUAAAAUUCACCAUGAUUUUGACCACUGCUGAUUCUUAAGCGGGUUAAUUUAUGUUUUGAGGUAAAAAGCAAUUUACACUUUCUUAAAGACAUAAAUGUGGGUUUCUAUAUUAAGCAUAUUUUGUGACUUAACAGAUUGAUUUGUUUAGAUAUUAAAUGCUUUCAGCUAUUUUACCUUUUCAA